AGGGGAAGGGUUGGUAUUAUAAGAUCUGUGGAAGCAUAAUGCAGAUUAAUUUGCUGCUUGAGCUGGUUUAUUUGAAAUUCUUUAUGUAAAUUGUCUUUUUUUGUGUGUUUUCAUUGAGUGUUUUGAUUGGGUAUGAGGAUUUUUAAAGACCGUUUUGAGUUUCAAUUCAAAAUUUUUUCGAAAAAUUUGUUAUUAGGGGUAGGGGAAGGGGAGUAUAAGGUGGGGAAUCGAACCUUUACCAACAAGGUGAAAGUUUGGAGUUCAGGUAGGCGAGCAGAAAAGGAUUCAUGAGUGUUCGAAUCUAUAAUCUUGUCACAGAGGAUUUGACCUCAACGAGGCUACAUGUUGUUAUUGGGCAUUCAGUUGUUUGACUUGUAAGAAGAGCAAGUUUCCCUGUAUGUGGCUCGUCCGUGCUUGCAUUCGGUCACUUGACUUGUAAGAAGAGCAAGUUUCCCCUUAUGUGUUUCGUCCGUGCUUGCAUUCAGUCACUUGACUUGUAAGAAGAGAAAGUUUCCCCCUAUGUGGCUCUUCCGUGCUUGCAUUUCUGAGUUGCUGACUGUGACUCAGCUUAUUCAUAAGAGUGCAAAACGUGGCUGGUGCCUUACCGAAGAGCAUCAGAGCUACUAAGAUUCCCUCAAAUGUUUGAUAUUUGAUCUAUGUUCUCGCUUGCUUUUAGAUAUUUAUACAUGAAUUUGCUUAUUGUAUGCCUUAGGGGCUGGUAUUAUCAGAUUUGUGGAAGCAUAAUUUAGAUAAAAUUGCUGCUUGAGCUGGUGUAUUUGAAAUUCUUUAUGUAAAUUGGGCUGCUUUUGUGUUUUCAUUGUGUGUUUUGAUGUGGGUGUUAGAAUUUUCGAACACCUUCUUUAAGUUUCAGUUCAAUUUUUUUUAUUUCUUAUGUGUUGCCAAAUGAUUGAAUGUGGUUAUUUAUUUGUCUUAGCGGCUGGUAUUAUCAGAUUUGUGGAAGCGUGAUUUAGGUGGAGUAGCUGUGCCAGCUGGUGUUAAAGAUUGACUUGUGUUUGCGUUUCUUUGCCUGUCUAGAACACUUACGUUUUCUUUGUUGAAGUUGAUUUUUGAUUUGUACUCUUGCUGGAUUGCUGAUGUCAAUGAUUAAUUUAGCUUAUUGAUUUGUACUCUUGCUGGAAUGCUGAUGUAAAAUGAUUAAUUUUGCUUAUAGGAUGUGAAGACUUUUUAGGACCCUUUUGAGUCGGUUCAAAAUUUUGACAUUUGAUUUGUACUCUUGCUGGAUUGCAGAUUUUGAUAUCAAAUGGUUGAAUUUGCUUAUUAGUUGUCUUAGCGGCUGAUGUCAUUAGAUUUGUAGAUGCAUGGUUUAGAUGAAGUCGCUAUGCGCCUAUGCCAGCUGGUGUAAAGAUAGGCUUGUGUUUGCGUUUCUUUGACUGUCUAGUUAUCGGGGUGCUGUAUUUUGGAACGUUUUAGAUUUCUUGGUUGAAUUUGAUCUUUGAUUUGUAUUCGUGCUGGAGUGCUGAUGUCAAAUGAGAUUUUCUAAUUUGUAUUUGCCGUUGAGAUUGAUUUGUGCAAUCAAAUCUUUCACUCCGUCGCCUGAUAGAUCUUAUUCUUGCAUCAAAUAGCUGCUGUAUUGAAGUAUGCUGAAAAUUGUCUCGGAAUUAAGUUUCUUAGUGUGUUGAUAUGGGGUAUGAAUGUUUGUGAGAACCCUUUUAGGUGCUCUCUCUCUCUCUAUCGUUCUCACACAACACACAAAUAUAUUCUUUUUGAUCACUUAUUAUCAAGAACCAAGUUAGUUUGUAUACAUUCAGAUGUGUACUUGUUCGACUGUUAUAUGACAUAAUUUGUCAUCUGUUGAGAAAUAUUUCUUGCUAGAAGCCUGAAAAUGGGAUCACCGAGCGUGAUAUUCACCUGAAAAGGUAAUUGAGUUCCAUUCAAAGCAUUGUGCUACUUUUGAUGUUUCUAACAUAGAAUGUUACCACAAGACUCGUUGAUCCUCCACAAAUCUCUUCUGGCACAAAAUGCACAGUACCUUUUCAAGGGUAUAUUUUGUGUUGUUCUUAAAGGACGAAUAAGUGGACACUCAUUGUCAUGUGAAGGAGAGCAUUACUAGUUUCGAAUUUCAGUUGGGGUGAUUUACUGUUGCCUAUAAGUGUAUACGCCUAAGAAGCUGGAUUGGUGACGGACUCCUCUUUUUACCCAGUCCAUUUGCUAUUUUUGGUGGGAUGAGAGCUGUGCAUGCAAACGGAUUAGGCUAUGGAUACUGAAAUUGGUUUAGAAAAUCGGAAGUAGCGAGAUGGUCAGAGCGUAUACGCAAGAGCACACUUAUAAGCACCCAUGGGAAAGAGUAACUUCUGCAUCGUGGCGUAAGUUUGCUGAUCCUGAGAACAAGCGGAUUCUAUCACAUAUCCUCGAAGUUGACACAUUGAACCACAAUCUCGAUUCCAGCUCAGGGAAGCUUUAUACGACUCGUGCCAUAACUAUCCAUGCACCAGGACCAUGGUUCAUCCGGAAAAUCAUUCGUCAAGACAUCUGCCACUGUGUAGAAUCAACUGUCGUUGAUGCUCAAUCUCGGUCCAUGCAGCUCUCUACUCGAAACAUUAGUCUGGAGAAGUAUAUAGAAGUCGAGGAGAAAAUCAGAUAUGAUCCUCAUCCAGAUAAUCCGAAUUCAUGGACCAUCUGCAAGCAGGAAACACGCAUCAGGAUUAAGCCCUUGUCGGCACUGGCUUCAAUGGCGGAGAAAAUAGAACAGAAGUGCGCGGACAAGUUUCAGGCAAACAGCGCGAAGGGAAGAGAAGUAAUGGAACGAAUGUGUAAGUACCUCGAAGCUGAAUCCAGAGGCAUUUCGGCAUGAUUUUAGUAAUCUAACUCUACAUUAGGCUUCUUCAGCGCGAUAGGUGAGUUUACGAUGAACACUUAUUGACAGAUAGAUUGUGUUAUUGUAUGAAAAAGAGGACACCGAUCAUGGAUAUCAUGGAUCGUUCCUUUUGAAGUUUUCGUAAGCUGUAGUAGAUGCAAUAACAAAGUUAUCGUAAUGUAUCUCUGCAGUUCGAAUAUUU